AUGACCUAUCUCCAUCAAAGUAAUAUAUAUGUACAUGGGGGUUUAACAAGUAACUCGUGUGUUAUUGAUAGUCGCUUUGUGUUAAAAGUUACGGGAUUUGGACUCAGAAGAUUGAAACAGCAAUGUAAAGAAAACGUUAGUCAAGACAACAGCUUUUGGACUGCACCAGAACAUCUCCGCACCAAAGACAGAACAGUUUCGCAGCCGGGUGAUGUCUACAGCUUCGGGAUAAUACUGUAUGAAAUAUUGACCAGAAACGAACCUUACAGCGAGGAAUUAGAUAUGUUUACGUCACUAGAAAUCAUCAUGAAAGUCAUUAACACUGAGAAUCCACCAUUCAGACCAUCGUUACCUAAAACAACCAAUAAAGACUUCAUGAGAGGAAUAGAAACAAUUAUGUAUGACUGUUUGAAUGAAGAUCCUCAGAAUAGGCCGUAUUUCAUGAUUAUUGGAAAAAGAAUCAAAGAUGCGACUGGAGAUAAAUUUUCAAAAACCCAUAAUGUAUUAGAUGCGUUACUUAGAAGAAUGGAACAAUACGCAAAUAAUUUGGAAGCUCUUGUUUUGGAAAGGACACAAGCAUUCUUAGAAGAGAAACGAAAGUCUGAGGAACUUUUGUUCCAAGUUCUUCCACGAUCUGUUGCUGAAAGAUUAAGAGAUGGAAGACCCGUUGAUCCUGAAGCAUUUAAUUGUGUAACGAUAUAUUUCAGUGAUAUCGUAGGCUUUACUGACCUUUCAUCUCAGAGUACACCUUUUCAGAUUGUAGAUCUACUCAAUGAUCUUUACAACUGUUUUGAUGAAGUUAUAGACAGCUAUGAUGUGUAUAAGGUUGAGACCAUAGGAGACGCGUACAUGGUAGUAUCUGGUCUACCCAUACUUAAUGGCACAAAACACGUUAAAGAAAUAGCACAAAUGGCGCUUUCUAUUAGGGACUCGGUCAAGUGUUUCAGGAUUCCCCACAAGCCGGAGAUAUCAUUACAAUGCAGAAUCGGUAUUCACUCAGGACCCGUAUGUGCAGGUGUGGUGGGUAGAAGGAUGCCAAGGUAUUGUUUAUUUGGCGAUACAGUAAACACUGCUUCAAGAAUGGAAUCAAAUGGUGAAGCGAUGAAGAUACAUAUCAGUGAAGCCACAAAGAUGUUGCUUGACAAUUUUUCUGAAUUUGACAUUAAAUGUAGAGGAUUAUUGCAGAUUAAAGGAAAAGGCUUAAUGACAACAUAUUGGAUAAAAGGUCACAAGAUAGAUAUUACAAUAUCAGACAGCAGUAAAUCGGAUUUAUCAUGUGCAUAA